UGAAAGGCACGAAAGCUCUUUUCGAGGGCAAGCCGCCACCACCACGUAUCCCAUCCCCAAUUACCUUGUAUAACCGACUCUGUUACGUAGCAGUCGUAUCUGAGAAACUGUUGCGUUUACCGUCACCGUCGCCGCCACCGCCGAAACCGUAAAAAACAACGAUAAUAGAAAUUACGUUCGACUUGCAGUGUUCAAUUGGUUCUAAAUGAGCGGCUCCGGAAAAAGUCUUCUUGGCCUUUGGCUUUAUCGAACCGGAGAAGAUUGGACUCUAAGAGAGGCGUCUCAAGAAGAUGCAAGAGUGAUAAGUGGACGAUCCGAUCAGACAAGAUUUGACUCCAGGAGUUCUGUAAUAUUUUCGCUAAAAAACCAAGUCGGUGGACUUGCUCGAGCUUUGCAAGUUUUUCAAGACUUGGGAGUAAAUGUAUUGCACAUCGAAUCUAGACCAUCUCGUCGUAGCAAAUCGGAAUUCGAAAUCUUGGUCGACGUGGAAUGCGACAGCAAGAAAAUGGAGCAAUUGACUGGUAUGUUGAAGCGUGAGGUGGCUGCUAUAAAUCUGGCGACGUAUGAAAGUGGUGGAGAAGUACCGCCACCAACUCCUAUGUCGGCGACCGCCAGUUUUGAUUUUUCAGAAUUUGAAGUUCCUUGGUUUCCGAAAAAAAUUUCUGAUUUAGAUCGAGCUCAAAGAGUACUUAUGUACGGAACGGAAUUAGAUGCUGAUCAUCCAGGGUUUAAGGAUCCGGUGUACCGGAAGAGGCGAGUAGAAUUCGCAAACAUAGCGAACACAUAUAAAUACGGACAUCCAAUACCAAGAGUUCAGUAUACCGCAGAAGAGAUUAAGACUUGGGGUACCGUAAUGCGUGAACUUCACAAAUUGUACGUAAAAUACGCGUGCAGGGAGUACUUGGAAAAUUGGCCGGAACUGGUGAAAUACUGUGGCUACCGGGAAGAUAACAUUCCGCAACUACAAGACGUUAACACGUUUUUGAAACGCAAAACCGGAUUUCAGUUACGACCGGUGGCCGGCUACUUAUCUCCCAGGGAUUUUCUUUCCGGAUUGGCGUUCCGCGUGUUUCACUGCACUCAAUAUAUACGUCAUUCAUCCGAUCCGUUUUACACGCCAGAACCUGAUUGCUGUCACGAACUCCUGGGCCACAUGCCGUUGCUGGCCAACCCCAUGUUCGCACAGUUCUCGCAGGAGCUAGGGCUAAACUCUCUGGGUGCCAGUGACGAGGACAUCGAGAAACUAGCCACGUUGUACUUUUUUACAGUGGAGUUUGGUAUGUGCAAACAAGAUGGAGAGAUGAAAGUUUAUGGAGCUGGACUGUUGAGUUCCGUAGCUGAGUUACGACAUGCGAUCGAAACCAAGGAAAAAAUUAUACGAUUUGAUCCCGAAAUUACGGUCCACCAAGAAUGCAUUAUAACUUCUUAUCAAAACGCAUACUAUUACAGUGAGACAUUCGAGGAGGCAAAGGAAAAAAUGAGAGAGUUCGCAGAUAGUAUUCAAAAACCGUUCGGCGUACGCUAUAAUCCGUACACACAGAGCGUGGAGAUUUUGAGCAACACAGACAAAAUAGUGGCACUGGUAUCAGAGCUAAGGGGCGACUUGUGCAUCGUGAGCAAUGCGCUGAGAAAAAUCCACGCCGAAGACGAAGCGGUGGAGAACAUUAACAAUAUGUUGCACAAAGGAAUGAACAUGAGCGGGGUUUCACCGGAAAAAUCUCCCGAAAAAUAAACCGAUAUUAAACCUUAGGGCAUGGUUUUUAACAAAUCACUACUUCUAAUACUACUAUUAUUACAAUAACGAUUAUUAUUAUUAUUAUUAUUAUAUGAAACGUCUAGUCGAAUAUCACUUAAUCGAAAACUGUUAUUAAUAUUCAUAUACACUAUUUUUGUCGUGACGAAAUACCGAUAAAAUAUUGGUUCAGACAACGUGGUUAUAAUUCGUUUUCCAAACUAUAUUCAAUCUAAUAAUCUAAUCUAUAUAUAAGUACGAUUGUGAAUAUAUUUAAUGGCAAUCUUUUGGGUGCGGUUAUUGGCGGAUAUUUUGUUAUAUACAGUAACAGAUAGUGCUCGAAUUGUAAAAAUAAAGUAGAGACAUAUUAUAAAUUUAAUAGGAAAGUAGAUCCGGCAUUCCUCUCUUCCUAUAAAAUACGUGAGACAAAUAAGCUUCAGUUUUUGAAAAAAAUGGUCGGAGUUCUUAGUCCCAUUGCUUCCCCCUACCCCUCAAUUCGAGCAUCUGUAUUAAUAUUACGGUUAGUCUAGAUUGAAUUGUUACCAAUUUGAAUUAUUUAUUGUUUGAACUAUACUCGGUUAAAUUAUUUAAAUAGUUUAAAAAAUACGUGUGUCAUAAAAAGCUCUUUAUCCGUAAACGAUUUACGUUACACUUAAAAAACAUUAUUUUGAGUAGUUGUAGUUUAUAAUCUUUAGUUU